AUGAAUCAAAGUCAUUCUGCUAAUGGCAAUGGUGUUGUGCUAUUUUACGGAGAAAGGAUGUUAAUAUUUUACGAUGGAUGUGAUUUGAAACUUGACGGUCAGUGUCUUAAGUUUUCACAUGAGGGACGUUUGUACCUGACUUCACAUAGAGUGAUUUUUAUAAACAGAAAAUCAUCCGCAGGUUUACUUUCAUUCAGUAUGCCGUUUGUUAAUAUGAGAGAGGUUGAUAUUAAACAGCCUGUGUUUGGAGCGAAUCGUAUAGAGGGCAUAAUUACAGCUGAACCGAAUGGUGGUUGGCAGGGUGAAGCGAAAUUCUCGAUGACAUUCAAAAAAGGUGGUGCUAUUGAAUUCGGCACAACAUUAAUCGAAUUAGGCAAACGUGCAUGCUCUUCAAAACAACAAUUCAAACCGCCAAAUUCAUAUUCAUCUGUUGCAGAUAUGAAUGGUGCUGGCCAAUAUUAUGCUUGUCCACCACCAGCUUAUUCUGCACCUUAUAACGAUCCAUACUAUGGAUUUGUACGACCACAUGAAGCAUUCACUGUACCCCAAGCGGAAACACUCUACCAAGUCAGAGCCCCACCUCCGUACCCCGGUGCUACGCCUACUACAAUGACUAGUGAUUUCGGACCUACGGCUACUGGUCAGUACGCACCACCCUAUCCUAUGAACUCAACAACUGUAGAAGGGUGUACACCAUAUCCAACUACUAACUCAUCAUAUGGAGCGAGUCUCCAAUUUCAAGGAGAAAUUCGAUUUUGUAACCUGUCUAUUAGGGACUAG